AUGAUGAGUCGGGCUGAGAGUCAGCAGAGGGACCUCAUGCGUACCAUUGAAGGUCUGCCACCUGGUGGCCAGUUGAGCGCUCUGGACCAGGACCUCCUCAUGCUGAAAGCCACUUCCAUGGCCACACUGAACUGCCUGAAUGAUUGUUUCCACAUGCUGCACCAGCAACACACGGCCUUACAAAAGAGUACACUGCCAGUGGGUGUGACUGUCAACUGGCUGGAGCCAAAAAUCCUGCUGAGCAACCACCUGGAGAAUGGAGGAGGGGAGCACGGCUUCGGAGUGGAGGAGGGGCGAGAGCAGGACUUCCUGACUGAGCCGCAGGGGGAACCCCAGCUGGACAGGGAAGUUGAAGACAUAAACUCGGAGGAUGAGUUGGAGGACUCCUGUGAGGUGGCAGAGGAUGAUCUGGGGGCGGUGGAGGAACAACGCAGUGUCAUCCUUCACCUCCUGUCCCAGCUGAAGCUGGGGAUGGAUCUGACACGGGUUGUUCUUCCCACCUUUAUUCUGGAAAAGCGAUCGUUACUGGAGAUGUACGCCGACUUCCUGUCCCACCCAGACCUCUUCCUGUCCAUCGGGGCGGGUCUGACCCCGGAGGAGAGGAUGGUGAGAUUUGUGGAGUAUUACCUCACCUCCUUUCACGAAGGUCGGAAAGGCGCUCUGGCCAAGAAGCCGUAUAACCCCAUUAUUGGGGAGACCUUCCACUGCUCCUGGAAGGUCCCCAGCGAUUCUCUCCAGACCCCCAAACCUUCAGAGACGCCCGAAGUGAACUCGUCAUCUCAGGAGGAGACCGGAAGCGAGAACAAGGACUUCUAUACGGUCAGGUUUGUGGCUGAGCAGGUCUCCCACCACCCUCCCGUCUCCGGCUUCUACGCCGAGUGCCCUGAGCGCAACAUGUGCGUCAACACACACGUCUGGACCAAGAGCAAGUUCAUGGGGAUGUCCAUCGGGGUGACCAUGAUCGGAGAAGGCGUCCUCCACCUGCUGGACCAUGAUGAAGAGUACACCUUCACCCUGCCUUGUGCCUACGCCCGCUCCAUCCUCACCGUACCCUGGGUGGAGCUGGGCGGGAAGGUGAACGUCAACUGCGCCAAGACUGGUUACUCGGCGACCAUCACCUUCCACACCAAACCGUUCUAUGGAGGCAAACUUCACAGGGUGACGGGCGAGGUGAAGCACAAUGCCACCAACACCGUGGUGUGUAAGAUUCAGGGCGAGUGGAACAGCAUCUUGGAGUUCACCUACAGCAACGGGGAGACCAAAUCUGUGGACCUGAUGAAGCUUCCGGUGACCAGGAAGAGGGUCCGACCCGUGGAGAAGCAGGGGCUGUUCGAGUCCAGGCGGCUGUGGUCGCACGUUACGGAGUCCCUGAUGGCAAAAAACAUCGAGGAAGCAACAGAACACAAGAGGGCGCUAGAGGAGCGUCAGAGAGCGGAGGAGCGACAUCGGGCGGAGACUGAGACUCCAUGGAUGACCAAAUAUUUCUCAAAAGAGGGUGACGGUUGGAUCUAUAACAAAUCGCUGUGGAAAUCCUCCGUUUCCGGCCUGUAAGGUCACGCCGAGCCCUUCUGGAUGGACAAAGUGCCCAGAGAACAAAUCCUGGUUAUGAGCUCUGCCAUUGGGUGUGCAGAAGGGGGCAGUCCUCGCCGCGGAUGGGAGCGGUGUCACCCUUUAACUCUACCUGUAUAAAUGUAUCUUAUCCUGGGACCCCCAGGUCCGCGCUGACGCCCCCCCCCCUGUGACCCCGCCUCUCAUGCAGUAUUCAUUGUGAUUUUCCCCGUCGCUGGCCUGCCGAGGGAAGGAUAAGAAGGCGACACCAAAGCCCGCAAGGACGACCCCCCUCCCCCCGCGGUUGGCGGCUCGGCAGGAAAUGGGUUGCAGCUGCAGAUGGGAGCCGAAUGUUCCGGACGGGACGAACUGACAAUCUGCUUUUUGUUUUUGACAGUUACAUCACGCUGGCUUACCCCUCCCCUCCCCCACACACACGGUGCCUGCGGACCCUCCAGCAGGGAAAGGGUGCGCUAUGGACACGCCGAACGCCGCUAACUUUUCCUUUUUUAAAUUGCAAUUCUGCAAAAGUGAUUUGAUGCGAAUGGCAGAGCAUCGCGGGGGGGGAGGGGAAGACCCAAUCUGAUUAACCCCUUUCCCUGCCGCGUCCCGGCUCACUUCCUGUCUGAUGGCGGGACCACAACGCGGAUCCUGACGGAGGUCACCUGACAGGAAGUAAAGACUGAGAUCUCAUUCUGACCGCACACAUCUCAAUCAGGUAACGUCAGAUCUCCGCUCCAGUAACGUUUUUGUAUUGCUGGCGGCGGUGACGCGCGGCGCUCGGCGCGCUCUCUCUCUCUUGUACAGGAUCUAUAAAUGUCCCAUGCGUGGUGCCUUAAUCUUUCUGAAUGCCGUCUUCCAAUCAGUGUGAAUAAACUGCGGCUGUGUCUGUUCUUACUGUGGUGAUAUGGUAACGCCGCCGCAGCCUACAGCCCCUCCCACUUAGCAUCUAAUGUGGGCGCAGGGGGCGGGGUGUCCAGCGCACAUGCUGGGAUCUGCACUGAUGAGACUUGUACCGUGUGCUGCAGGGAGAAUGGAAAAUAAAAUGUAAAUUGUCA